AUGGCUCCCCACCUCCCGGCCCUCCUCCCACUCAUCCUCCUCCUCCUCUCCGCGCUGCUCCCCAAUGCGGCGCGCGCCGGCGACCCAACCAUCGUGCUCAAGGACGGCACCACAUGCACGCUCUGCGCCUCCUGCGACAACCCCUGCAACCCGACCUACUACCCUUCGCCCCCUCCACCGGUGGUCACCCCCGCAGCGCAGUGCCCGCCUCCCCCGUCCUAUCCAUCCGGCGGCGGCGGCGGCGGUGGAGGCGCCCCCGUCUACGCAUCCCCGCCACCUCACUACAGCGGCGGUGGAGGAGGCGGAGGAGGAGGCUACUUCUACCCUCCGCCCACCACUGGCGGCUCUCCCGGAGGAGGAGGAAGCAGCGGCGGAGGCGGUGCCUACCCGACGCCGCCACCACCCAACCCAUUCCUGCCCUACUUUCCCUUCUACUACUACAGCCCGCCGCCAGGGUGGGUCGCCAAAAGCUCGGCACCGGCCAUCUCGACGUCAGGGCCCGCGCUCCUGCUUCUCGCGCUCUCCGGCCUCCUACUCUGGUGA